AUGUCUAAUGAUACAAUAAGUUUAGAGACGGCAGUUGAAACAGCAGCUUUAACAUUUCUCGAUUUUGUAGUGCCUGAUGCUCCAUUCACUCUUUUUCCAGAAAAUACGCUAGCUCGCAAAAUGGAAGAUCCUCGAGCAAAGGAAUUGUCAGAAAAAAUUGAUCCUGCUAUUCCAAUGUUGUCUGAAGGCUUUUUAGCCCAUGUAAUACCAACUAUAGCGCAAGUUGAAGAACAAUUACGAGAAUUAGAGGAGAAACAAAAACUUCUUUUGGAAGAAUUAAAAACAACAAACAUAAAGAUGGAAAAUCAAGAUAAUUAUGAGUAUAUAGCAUUAAGUUUCUCAAAAAUUCCUAAAUAUAAUAGCAAACUUCAGAAUAUACGCAAUACAAUGUUAUCAAUGUUAUUACGAUCCAAAAACUUAAAACAACGAGUUGCUCAACUUAAAAUAAUGAAAGAACAACAAUUAGCCCAAAUUGCUAAGUUUCAAAAACGCGAAAGAAAUUUUGAUCAAACAGUCUUGGCAGCAAAAGUUGUAGAACGCAAUCCUCCUCCUAUCCCUGAAGCUGUUAAAUAG